CCCCCCCCCUCCCCCCUCUCCCCCUCCGUCGGAAAUGCUCUCCUCCAACAUUUUCCGCGCCGGCCAGCUGGCCUCCGCCGCUCCCAUGGAGCACGCCCGCCAGUAUGCCCGUGUUCCGUUGUCGGUGUCGAUCGCCCAGUUCGCCGAGAAGCGCCUGGCCGAGAAGGAGCGCAAGCUCGCCACUCGCAACACCCUGAUCCAGCGCACUCGCGAGAACAUCAAGCGUGACGAGGUUUCCCCCCUGCAGCCCAGUGGCAACCCCAAUGUCAUGGACCAGUCGUACUCGCUGGAGGCCUCGCGCAUGCGGCGCAAGUACCUCGUGGAGAUGCACGAGAAGCGCCUGGUCCGCGAGGCCCGGCAGCUGGAGCGUGCCAAGACCUCUCCUGAGGCCCUGGAGCGCAAGGCCCGCCGCCAGGCCGAGGUCAGUGUCCGGGCCUCCAAGCACAAGGCCCUGCUUGCCCAGCAGCGCGUGCACACGGCCACUCGCCGGGCCAUGCGCCUUGAGCGUGCCCUCGAGGUGGAGCGCUCGCGCGCCGCCGCCAGCACCAUGCUCCUGCGCUGGUUCGCCGAGGACUUCAAGCCCAUCACCCGCGAGAACAUCGACAACGUCCUGGAGCUGGCCUUCAACCACCGGGUGUCCUACAACACCUCGCUGCCGCCGCUCCAGUACCAGGUGGCUUUCGUCAAUUCCGUGCUGGCCAGCGGUCUGGACACCUUCGCCUCUACGGCCCUCGGCUAUUCGCUGCGCAACCCCGGCACCAUUCGGCCUGAUCUGCUGGAGUACGGCUACAGCCCGAUGAAGCCCCAUGCCCGGCACCUGGCCCACAGCGCCACCGGCCUGGAGCGUGUUGCCCAGGUGUUCGAUGGUGUCAUGCUGCCGACCCUGAAUCGGGUGGCUGCCCUGCCGGCUGGCGCCCAGGCGGCCGUGGUGUCUGACAUCCUGACCAACAUGAUGCUGGCCAAGUCGCCGGCCCUCUCAUCGGCGGCCAUGCUGGAGCCCUUGACCGGGCUGCUGGCCCGGCCGGAGUUCAAGCAGCUGGCUGCCGGCAAGGCCCCGGCCUCGGAGGCCGGUGCGUCUGCCACCGAGCAGUCCCUGGCCCCGGUGGCCGACAGCGUGCUCUUUGACCUGUUCAAGCGUCCGGUGGUCCUGCCGACCGACCCCCUGUCCUACCGCCCUCUGGAGUUCCUGUUCAACUCCAAGUACGCCAAGGUCCUCAACCAGCCGGUGGCUUCCAGCGGCCAGGCCACCAGCGCCGAGCUCCUCCGGGACUUGCUCUUCGCGCAUGUGGUUCACUCGGUGGAGGGGCAUCCCUUCCUGCACCGGGCCCCGGCGGCCAUUUCCGGGCAUCUUGCCCGGUCGCUGAUCCAGCGCCUGGACCAGUCGCUCGUUGGCCCGGCCCUGGCCGUGCACUCGGGCCAGCCGGCCGCCUCGCUGGUGUCCGCCAAUGGGGCUGCUGCCUUCUACCCUCGGUUCCCGGAGGUCUUCCGCCAGGAUGGCCCGGCUUCCUUCCUGGUCCAGCUGCCCAGUGGCCCGGCUGAUGCCAUUGUGGCCGAGCGCGUCCGUGCCCUGACCACCGUCAUCACCGCCAAGCGUCCGACCGCCAGCUCCCCGCUGACCGGAGCCGCCGCCGAGCUGACCACCGCCGCCGAGUCCCUGCCCGAGCAUUGUGGCAUGCUGACCGGCGCGGCGGCGGCCGAGACCGGGGCCGGGCUGGCCCCUCGCGGUUUCCGCACGGUUCCCGGCUCGUUGGCUGCCUUCGAUGCGCGCUUCGCCGCCACCUCGCCCCUGGUCACGGCCGGCGAGUCUGACGAGGAUGGCCCUCAGUCGGCCUCCGAGCAGUCCUCCUUCACCUGGCUGGCCGGGCUCACGGACCCCGGGCAUUAUAGCCCCCUCUUCCGGGACCACGAUGCGCGUGAUGCCCUGGAGCUGACCGCCACCCAGCGCCAGGCUCUGCAGCUGAUCAUCAGCCCCACCUCGGCCACCGAGACCCCCCAGGGGCAGGUGCUGGACCCGACGGCCGUCACGCCGACCGGUGGCCGGCCCUCGCCGGCCAUGCCCGCCUCCCUGGCCAAGCUGGUGGAGGCCUUCCCCCUGACCGGUGCCCUGUACCUGGAGAUGGAGUCCCUGCGCCAGGCCGGGGAGCUGGUCCUGCCGGAGCCCAGCCGGCGCCCGGCCUUCGAUCCGGACCUGACCUUCCUGCACACGUAUGAGGCUCUGUUGGCUUCCUUCGGCGAUUUCUCCAACAGCCGGGCGGCCCUGCUGCUGGCCGAGGAAUUCCGCCAGUCGGUCAGCGACAUGAUUGCCUAUGUGGCCGGACUUGGCCACCUGGUGGACAUCCAGCAGAAUGGCUGGGCCGGUGCCGCCGGCCCGGUCAACCGGACCCUCUUCACGGCGCAGCCGCGCCUGGGAACCCCCUUCGCUCCGUUCCUGGCCUUUGACAAUGCCUCCCCGCUGGAGAUGACUCGCUUCAACCCGGUGACCGAUGUGGCGCCUGGCGCCGCGGCCGGCACCCCGGCCUCCGGUCUGCCAUCGAGCCUGGCCCUGGGCGAGGGGUGCCCCUUCCCCGGUGCGGAGCUGAACUUCACCGCUCCUCUGUACCUGGAGAACACGGCCCUCUUCACGCACUGGCUCCGGGUGCUGGCGCACCUGGCCGCGCAUGCCAAGCCCACGGACACCUUCAGCCUGGCGGAGCUGCUGCCCGGCCUGCCGGAGAACUACCCCCUGGGCGGGGAGCUGAGCUCCUCGGACCGCCACUCCGUGGCCGACCUCUUUGCCGUCAACUUCAACCAGCUGGUGGCGGACAUCUUCGCCCAGGGGCUCGCCCCGACCGAGGAGUUCCGUGCCCUGCUGGAGGAGAGCAGCAUGCACCCGAUGGAGGUGGCCCGGCGCCUGUCUCAGGCCAAUGCCCCGACCGAUGCGGCCACCAUCAGCCCCUUCCGCGACACGGCCGGCCUGCACUCGGUGCUGGACUUCCCCCGGCUGCCGGGGUCGGUGUCGGCUUCGCUCAAGGAGUACGAGGCGGAUCCCCAUGUCCCGGCCAACCAGCUGAGCAAUGCCCGCCUGAUGCAGCAGUUCUUCUCGCUGCUGGACCGUCUGGACUACUCGACGGCCGAUGACUAUGCCGAUCCGACCUUCAACGAUACGGACCCGCUGCCGCCCCCCAUCCAGCGGGAUAUCGAUGAUGACAUGGACUCCGAUGUGUUUGGCCCGAUCAUUCCGAAGAUGCCGAAUGGCGAGCCGAUGUUCUCGGCGCCGGCUGGCACGGCGCGCCGGCUGCUCACCAGCACCGGCUACGCGCUGGAUGUCCUGACCCCGGAUUCGGAGUCCCUGCCGGUCAUCCCCCCGCCGGAUGUCAACCCCCGGAACUUCGUCGAUCGGAAGUUCCCUUCGAAGGAGGAGGAGGAGCUCAAGCGCGCCACGGCCUCCCUCUCGGCCAACCCGGCCGGGGAGCUUGACUUCGAUCACGAGGCCACUUCCGCCUUCUUCCUGUCCUCCUCGUCGUCCGGCGAGGAUUCCUUCGCGUCGGAUGGCGCCUCGCAUGGCUCGUGGGGUGUCCCGAGCGGGCGUGCCCUCAAGUCGUUCUCCACGCCGGGCGAUGCGCCCGCCGGUGCCUCGGGCAGUCGCUACACCGGGCUGGCGCUCUUCGACUCCAGCGAGUCCGAGGCCGACAGCACUUGGGACAGUGUCCACGGUUCCUCCGGCAUCAACACGCCGACGGCCUUCGAGUCGCUGAUCGGCCGGCCGGCUCCCAAGGCUUCGGGCGCCAUGCUGGCCCUGCUGGCCGGGUGCAAGCUCGAUGACGUGGAGACCCGCAUGCGCCAGCUCAAUACCAAGGCUUCGCUUUCGGGCCUGGUGCAGGAUCUGAUCCGGCAGAUGCCGGCCGGCGUUGCAGCCGAUCCGGCUGCUCGGUAUGCCUCCUUCGGCCCGCUGUCCGGUCUGGCCAGCCUGCAGGGGACCUCCCUGCGUUCGCCGCUGCUGGGCCAGGCCCCGAGCACGGCGGUCCUGAUGGCCGGGUCCUAUCGCCCGAGUGCGGUGAACUUUGUGCACGACUUCGCCCUGGCCUUUGCCCAGGACACGGCCUCCUGCUCGAUCCAGGAGUUCCCGGACUUCGUGCGCAACAAGUUCCUGCAGACCGCGGCCGAGGAUGGUGUGGAGGCCACUUCGGCCGACCUGCACCCGGGGCUCAUCAACAGCAGCGUCAUUUCCCAGGUGGUGCCCUUCCACCACCUGGCCAUGCCGAGCUCCCUGCCGGCCGGCGGGGCGUACGCCAUGUCGGCCCUGCUGGGGCUCUUCCCGCAGCACUUCGACUUUGUCAAGCGCUUCCGCGACUCGAUCGGCGACUCGCAGGCUACCCUGCCGGGGCUGGGCCCGGUGGCCCUGGGUCCCGAUGGGCCGCUCCUGGCCACCGGCUCGCUGCCGGAGCAGCUUCGCGCCGCGCUCAUGGUCAUGACCGAGCAUCCGGCCAUGGCCUCGGCCGUGGCCAUCGAUGCCGGGCUCCGGUACAGUGCUCUGCACUUUGUGGCCCACUCCGGUCUCCUGUCGGACCCGCGGGUGUCUCGGCAGAUCUCCUCGCUGGUGACCCCGCAGCAGGUGCUGAAGAUGGUCCUGCAGCGUGUCGGCGCCGGCAAUGUCCUGUCGCUGGAUGGCAUGCCGCUGACCAGCGUCGAGCAGCUGGAGGCCCUGUCGGCCCGGGUGAAUGAGGCUCCCUCCAUGGCGGCCCUGCCGGUCAGCCUGGUUGAUGCUUUGUAUGGGUUCCUGGCGGAGGACAUCCUCGAUGUGCUGGUGCAGCAUCGUCCGUUCCUGCGCGAGGAGGACCACCGGUUCCCGGGCUUUGCCUCGGCCACCGACCGGCGUCUGGCCUACUCCACGGCCGAGAUGUUCCAGCUGCACCGGUCCCUUGGCUGCCCGACCGACGAGCAGAUGUCCCUCUUCUCGACCGAUGCCGGUGUUGAGGCUGCCUCGGCCGGCGCCGCGGCCCCGAGUGUGCUGCACCUGAUGCAGUAUGCCACCCAUGCGACUGGGCUGGAUGCCGCGGCCUUCCCUGGUGGGCUGCUGGAUCCGGAGCAGCUGACCGUGGCCCUGAACACGGCGAAUGGGGUCACCAGCCCCGAUGGCGGGCUGGCUGGCUCGGGCGCCUCGGCCGAUGGCAUUGUCAAUGCCCCGGUCACCAAGGAGAUCCCGAUGCCGGAGUGGCCGGCCACCGGCAGCCCGGCCCUCGAGGCGUCGCCCUUCCUGCAGGACUUCAACCUGGCCCUGAAGACCUCGCCGCACAACUUCGCCAAUCUGCGCGCCUCGCUGAGCACCUACUCUCGGACGUCGCGCUUCGCCAAGGCCGCGCAUGAGGCCUCGUCCCUGAACAACCUGACCGCCGCGGCGGAUCUCUUCCGGUCGCACUUCCCCACCAACGAGACCGCCGCGCAGGAGGACCGCAUCCUUGAGCUUGGCUUGCGCCCGACCACCUCGGUGGAUCUGAUCAUGGCUCCCUUCGCCUCGACCAAGAUGCUGCAGCGCAGUGAGUUUGAUGAGGCCGAGUCGACGCUGUUCUUCCGCAUGGAGCGCGAGCGCCAGGGUUACGCCUGUGCCCAGACCCAGCUGGCCGUGCGCCGGCGCUUCAUCGAGGAGGUGAGCCGUCGUCCCAGCUCCUCGGACACGUCGCUCCCCCAUGCCAGCGAUCAGGCUCUCUUCUCCCCGGAGGCGGAGGCCUUCUACUCUGCGCCGGCGGUCAGCGCCCUGUCGCCGGAGGCUCGCAUGCUGAACCCCCGGGACCAGAACAUCCUGCGUGCUUUGGCCAGCCUCGGGUCGGCCCAUGCCUGGUCUGUGAGCAACCAGGAGACGGCCUCCGUGUCGGCGGACUACCUGCGCCGGAGCAGCUUCUCCACCCUGUCGGCCGAGCACGAGCACAUCCUCCAGCAGCAGGUGCCGGAGCUCAUGGACCUCCUGGAGUCCAGCAACACCGUGGAUUACAUCCGCGAGGCGGUCACCGGCGAGGUCGACAUCAACCCGCUGCCCUUCAAUGCCAUGGACAGCUCGCAUGUGCCGAUGGUCGAGAGCCCGGAUCAUGCGGUGCUCAACCGCUUCCAGUUUGCCGAGUCGACCGACGAGUCGGGCGGCGAUCUGGACUACAACCGGGUCUUCCGGACCGAGGGUUACUUCUGAGAGAGGAGACGGAAGUGGCACGCGUGAGGGGGGGGGGGGGCGGGAGCGGGAGGCCAUGCAUCUUGCCAGCCUCCCCUCGUCCCCUCCGCUCUUCCCGGCUGUGACUCCGUUUGGUUUCUCACCUCCCAGCGUGCACCUUAUUCUGGCCUCCCUUCUGGCUCUUUUUUUUCCUCCGCCCCUCUUCCCUUUCCUUCCCUUUUUAUAUUACCCCUUCUUGGAGCCUCGUUUGUGCUUCCCGAAAUAUACCACAUAGACAUCCCA